AUUUCCAGCGUUUCCUCCUCGGGCCGGGUCUCUCAGCGGCCCGGACACAGCAACAGUGUGCGGGAAAAGUAGAUUUGUGUUGUUAGACGCAUGGCUUCAGCGAGGGUAAUACGCCGGAUGCUUGGUGAAGCGUGGUGGUGAAGAUGGUCGGCGUCCGCCUAAUGGGGCCGCUGCCACGGGGCCGGGUCAGACGGGCAGGCGUAAUGGCCGCAGGAGUCCUUUAUCUGCUGCUGCUGUCAACCUGUCUGAGCCAAGACACGGAAGACUGGCAAUAUGAGGAAUGUAAACUUUCACGGUCUGGCCCUCCUGCUACCAUCGUUGCCAUAGACGAAGAGAGCCCAAAUGGAACGUUAUUGGUGGAGAACAUGCAGAUAAACGGAGUGGCUGAAGGACCAGACCGAACCAUCUCUCUGUCUCUGAGGGACAAUCAUGACCACUGGGUGAUCCUCGAUCCUUCCAAACAAGCUCUGUACCUGAACAGCACCGGGCGCGUCCUGGACAGAGACCCGCCGUCGUACAUCCAGUCCAUCGUGGUUCAGGUUCAGUGCACCAACGAGCUCAUCGGCACCGUCAUCCUGCACGAGGUUCGCAUCGUCGUGCGAGACCGCAACGACAACGCGCCGCGUUUCCAGCAGCCCAGAUACUACGUCGCCGUCAGCGAGCUGACGCCAGUAGGAACGACCAUCUUCUCCGGGUUCUCGGGGAACAAUGGGGCGGCGGACAUCGACGACGGUCCCAACGGACAGAUAGAGUACACGAUCCAGUACAACCCCAGAGACCCGACAGCCAACAGAACCUUUGACAUCCCUCUGACGCUCUUCGGCUCAGUGGUUCUCAGAGAAAGACUCAACUAUGAGGAGAUAACUCGAUAUCUGGUCAUCAUACAGGCAAAUGAUCGAGCCCCGUACCCCAGUGAGCGCCGCACAGCCACCACCACGCUCACGGUGGACGUUCUGGACGGAGACGACCUGGGCCCCAUGUUUCUACCGUGCACGCUUGUAGGAAACACCCGUGACUGCAGCCCCAUUACGUACAAGGCCAACGUCCUGGAGCUGACAGAGCCGCAUAAAGCGAAUCCCCUGAAUGUGACUCCGCCCAUUCAAGCUGUGGACCAAGACAGAAACAUCCAGCCUCCUUCUGACAGACCAGGGAUCUUAUACUCCAUCCUCAUUGGUAAACCGGAGUCCUAUGCAGAGUAUUUCAGCCUGAACCGAAGCACAGCAGAGCUCCUGCUCCUGAAGCCCAUUGACCGAGAGCUCUACCGCCGAUUUGAUCUGGUUAUCAAGGCCGAGCAGGACAAUGGCCACCCCCUGCCGGCUUUUGCCAACCUCCAAAUUGAAGUUCUGGACGAAAACAACCAGGCACCCUACUUCCUGGAGGCCAGUUACCAUGGUUACAUCAGUGAGGUGUCGCCGGUGGGCACCACCAUCGCCACCGACGGCAGCCUGUCGGCGCCGCUGGCCAUCAUUGCUCUGGACAACGAUGUGGAGGAGACGCGGGAUCCUCAGCUCCACUUCUCGCUGGACAGCUACUCCCAUGUUUUCUCCGUGUCCUCGAGUGGAAUCAGCCGAUAUCUCACGCUGGUGCAGCCGGUGGACAGAGAGACACAAGACUCCUACACAUUCACGCUCUUAGCAUCUGAUGGCGUCCAGCAGAGCACUCCAGUUACCGUGUUGAUAACUGUGCUGGAUGCCAACGACAACACCCCAACCUUUUCCAACGUUUCCUACAACGUCGACCUCUUUACUGAUAUGAUGCCGGGAGAAACUGUGUUGCAGCUUUCAGCCGUUGACGCCGACGCAGGUCCAAAUGGAAAAGUCACCUAUCGGAUCUUGGCGGGAGACCAGGGACACUUCCUGAUAGACAACAGCAGCGGGGUCAUCACUGUGGCACCAGACGUGGAGCUCGCCAUUGGACGGAGCUUCGCACUGACUGUGGAGGCUUUGGACAACGGGCCUGUUCCUGAUAGAAGGUCAUCCAUUACUACAGUCUAUAUCGAAGUUCUGCCCCCAAACAACCAGAGCCCGCCUCGAUUUCCCCGGCAACAAUACAGCCUGGAGAUCAGCGAGGCUAUGAGGACUGGAGCUACACUGCUUAAUCUGCAGGCGGCGGAUCGGGAACGGGACCCCAUCACCUACCAGAUCCACAGCGGAGACGAUCAUGGACAUUUUGCACUCCAGCAGAAUUCAGGAUAUUUGGUUCUGGACAAUCCUCUGGACCGGGAGUCUGUGGAUUAUUAUACUCUGGUGAUCACAGCCUCGGACGGACACCCAGACGGGACCUCCACGGCCACGGUGCACGUUGUGGUGACCGACGUUAAUGACAAUGACCCGCAGUUCAAUUCCUCGCUGCCAGUGAACCUCACUGUCACGGAGGAGCAGGAUCACGCCUACGUAGGACAAGUCAAGGCUACAGAUCCAGAUCUCGGGGCUAGCGGGCAGGUCCAUUAUCGGCUUGUCAACCACCAGAAGCUGUUUUCCAUCAAUGCCACCGGAGCCAUCAGGACGGCAGCGCCGCUGGACAGAGAGGUGAAAGGGCAUUACUUCCUGAUCGUUGAGGCGUGGGAUGGCGCGGUGGACCCUCGCCGCUCCAGGUUAACGCUCUCCGUCACCGUUCUGGAUGUAGAUGACAACAGCCCCGUGUUCACCCAGCAAACCUACAACGUGAAUCUCCCAGAAAACACCCCCAAGGGCUCCGUUAUAUUACAACUGAAUGCGGUCGACGCCGACCUCAACUCCAACCUCACGUACCGAAUCAGACGCGAAGGCUCGGACCAGGAGAUCGCCGGGCUGUUCCACGUCGAGCCGCUCACGGGGGAGCUGUCAGUGAGCGAGGUUCUGGACUACGAAGCCCUGAGCGCCUCAGAUCCCACGUACACGUUCACCGUGGAGGCCCUGGACUCCGGGGGCAGCAUGCCUCCCGGACUGGCCUCUGUUACCGUCAGGAUAAUGGACAUGAAUGACUAUUCUCCAGUAUUCAGCCAGUCAGUGUACCGAGGCAUGGUCGCGCCGAACGCCGUCAAGGGAACCAUCGUAACCACGGUGACGGCCAACGACUCCGACCCCGCGGGCACCCCUGCAGGUCUGGUGCGGUAUAGAUUGGAGCAGGACGCGUAUCCAUACUCUGCCAGUAUAUUCGACGUGGAGGAAGAGUCGGGACACGUGGUCACCAGAGUGAACCUCAACGAAGAGCCGAACCUCAAGUUUAGACUGGUGGUGGUGGCGUAUGAUGACGGCUUGCCUGUGAAGGAGAAUACAACUCUGGUGGAAAUCACAGUCCUUCAGCCCUCUGUUAUUCCCGUGUUCACUCAAGAAGAGUACAGGUUUCCCCCGGUUAGUGAGGAGGCCGCCGCCGGAACCCCUGUAGGAGUCAUCAUGGCAGCCGCUGUCAAUCAAACCAUCGUGUACUCCAUCAUCGAAGGCAACCAGGGAGGUGUGUUUGCAUUAAACGAAACAACAGGAGAGAUUUCCACGGCCAAGCCGCUGGACUACGAGACCAGUCCCAGCUAUGUUCUGAGGGUGGAGGCGGACUCCAUGAGGGUGGUGUCCUCAAACCUCCGGGCCCCUUCGAAGACGAACACAGCCAGAGUGGUGAUCGAUGUCCAGGAUGAGAACGACCACCCGCCGGUGUUCACCACGCCGCUCUACAUCGGAGGAGUGGCCGAGGACGCCAAGACCUUCACCUCGGUCUUGCAAGUGCAGGCUCUGGACAAAGACACCGGCAACUACAGCUCGAUGAUAUACCGGCUCAUCAUCCCCCCGCCUCCCGGGAAAGAAACCAAAGACAGCAAAGACGGCUUCGUCAUCGAGCCGUACAGCGGCGUGGUGAAGACCGCCAUCAUGUACCGCAACAUGAGGAGAUCGUACUUCAAGUUCGAGGUGGUUGCGACGGACAACUACGGUCGAGGGCACAGCAGCAAAGCGGACAUAGUGGUUUCAGUGGUGAACCAGCUGGACAUGCAGGUGGUCGUAUCAAACGUUCCUCCAACAUAUGUGGACAAAAACAAAGACAAACUGCUCAGCAUUUUGGAGCGAUACGUCCAGGAGCAGAUACCAGGUGCGAAGGUUGUCGUGGAAGCCAUCGGGCCGCAUCGCUAUGGCGACGGAAUGGAGCAGGAGGACUACACCAAGUCAGACCUCAUGAUCUACGCCAUCGACCCCCAGACCAACAGAGCCGUGUUGAGACAGGAGCUCAACAAGUUUCUUGACGGUAAACUCCUGGACAUCAGCAAGGAGUUUCAGCCCUUCCUCCCUCCCGGUGGUCGCAUCCUGGAAAUCCGGACCCCCGAGGUGGUGACGAGUGUGAAGAAGUCCGUGCAGAGCGUGGGAUACACAGAGGGCGCGCUGCUGGCCCUGGCAGUCAUCAUUAUUAUCUGCUGUGUUCCCGCCAUCCUGAUUGUUAUUAUCACCUACAGACAAUUCAAAGAGCGCCAAGCGGAGUGUGCCAAGACGGCCCGUAUCCAGAUGGCCAUGCCAACGGGCAAACCGGGGGGAGGCACCGCCAACAACCUGUACGAGGAGCUGGGCGACAAUGCCAUGCGCGGAUAUGGGCAGCACGAGACUCAGCAGCUCCUCCGACCCUCUCUGCUCCGGCCAGAGGAGCUGUCGAUGGAGUCGGGCAUCGACCCCGGUCAGGACUACUACACACAGGACUAUUACAACUACGACCACGGGUAUGAUCUUCCUCAGUAUGGCAGCCGGAGGAAGCUGAUCUCGCCCUCCGGCCUCUACGAUGAAUAUGGAGAGGUUGUAGUGGACGAUGACGGCAGCUACUACUACAGUCCACAGGAGUCCGACGCCGAGCAGGGCAGUCGGAAGCGCCGGAUCAAGCUGGUGUUCGACCGCGAGUACGAGACCAGCUCCACGGGCGAGGACAGCCUGCCGGAGACCCAGCAGCGCGGCCGCUUCUCCUCCACCCACAACAGCCACCUCAACGUGAACGGCAGCAUCUACGUGGCGCAGAACGGCUCCAUCAUCCGCACCCGGCGGUCGGCGACCACCUCGGGCUCCACCCACACCACCGCCACCCCCACCGUCACCACCGCCAGCAGCAGCCUCAAGCUCAGCUCGCCCGUCUUCAGCUCCAGACUGGCCAAGCACUUUAAAAAACUGGACAAGAUGGCCGCCACGCUGGAGGAGAGGGUUCCCCUGAGCAUCUCCCGAACGGCGGCAGCGGCGGACAGCGGCCGCACCGUGCUGCGCACCUUCCAGAGCGCGCCGCCUUCCACCGCCGCCGCCGCCACCACGGCCACGUCCUCCUUCACUAACACUGACAACAAUAAAACACUGCGCACGUUUGACUCUCGGCAGUCCAGCGUCUCGCUGGCCUCGAACAGCACCAGCAACACGGGCCCCGAGAGCGCGCCAUCCAACGCCAACCGGCCCGGCGCGGUGGCGGCGGCGGAGCGGCCUCGCAGCACGGCGGACGGCGAGCCGGAGGACGGAGAGAGGGAGUCCAAAGUGGACGGGGACCAAGACGACGAGCACGGACACGUGGCGAGGGAGGCGCUGGAGUGCCCCAGCGACAGGACGCAGUCGGACGAGGAGGAACUGUGGAUGGGCCCGUGGAACAGCCACCACAUUCCCAUGACCAAACUCUGACUCGCCGCGCCGGUUCCUUCACGCCAACGCCAUUCAAACCUUCUAAAUUGUUUCCGUUCAUCGGUUGUGGAACUGAAGAAGAUGCUCAGUCGAGUUUGAAGAAGCUCAACAGAUCAGUCAGUGUGUGUGAUUUAGUGGUUUCACUAACUGGAGCCUAUUUCCACCCGAAGCUCUCUGGCGCCCCCUAUAGAAAAACCAGCCCACAAUUUGAAAAUCAAUUGCACAGGAUCCUCAAAAGUCCUUAAUGUUGACUGGAAAGAGGCCACUAAAACCACACGCUGCUCACAUUUUUUAACAUGUUUCUGAAAUCGGCUAAAUUCAAAGCUCCAGUCUAAUGCCAACUGCUUGUAAUUUGACACCAGCCUCAUUGUCCUAUCAGUUGCUGGAGAAAUCAGAGGCUGUGAAGUCAACUUAUUAAAUAUAGGAUUCAUUUAAAUACUCCUUUUGAUUCCAGGUGAAGAGUUUCAUUAAACUGAACUGAUUCCAGAAAAUAUAUCCAACCGGGAAAGACAUUACAUCUGCAGUUUACUCAUUCAAACAUCUGUUUUGUAAUGUCUCAAUAUUUCAGUCUAAUCGAUAUCGGCAGCACCUUCUGGACCUAGAGUGAGAGGACUUGAUAUAUUUCUACUUUGAUAAGAAAUGAAUGAGAAGCGAAAGAAUAUAUAUAUAAAUAUAUCUAUAUCUAUAUAUCGGAUCUUUUUAUGGCCCUUUAAGCGACUGGCGUCUGUACGGAGCGGAGCUUGUUCAAUGCAGUAUUCUGGCUACCGGUGCGACUCGUGUUGACUUUGCCUGACACAUUUCAUCGACACAUGAAGUCUUGUAUUGUUCACACUUGCCUUUUUAUCCGUGUCAAGUUGCUUGGCAGACUUUAUCCAAAUAAAAUUUCAGCCAUUGAAAUGA